GCACCAGUGUCUGUAUGGGGCACCGAUGACCAAGCUCAGAAAUGUCGCGACACGUGCUCAAGGGUUAGGUGCGCACCGGCAAACAAAUCUGAAUGUGACAAGGUGCAUGGUGAAUUUCUGGAUUACGCACCAUCACUAUGUCGGUGUUGCUCCCAGUGCAAGGUCACAUUAGGUGUAGGGGCUGAUAUGAAACACAGCGACACCUACUUGUGUUAA